CGGAGGUGAGCGUGGAGCGCCACUGAGUGUGGAACAACCCCGAGCUCUCGCAGCGAAACUGCCUCCCCGAAGAACUUUUAGAGAAAAAGGAGUAUAUUAGUUUUCAUUCGGCCUCGCCUUUUUCGCACAAAAAAGUGUAUCUAUCAUUUUACAAGUUACGAGUCUUAAAUAACCCGGAUUUUUCUACAUUUCUCGACCGCCAUGCUAAUUAGGAAGAUCCUAGGGGCACUAGCCCUGGUGACUGUGGCAUCCUCUACGCCUGUGCCCAUCGCAGGCACCACGACAGCUAUGAUGUACUUAGCAAGAUUCGGUUACCUGGCCCCGACAGCGACCAACCCGCAGUCAGGAGCGCUUUUGUCAGAGGAAACUGUCACGGAUGCUGUCAAGGAAUUCCAGGCCUUUGCUGGACUUAACCAAACGGGCCAACUGGACGACGAAACAGUGACGAUGAUGAACACUCCAAGAUGCGGCGUCAAGGACAAGGUUGGCUACGGGUCGGACGCGCGCAAGAAGAGAUACGCGCUGCAAGGUUCCAGGUGGCGCGUGCGGGAUCUGAACUACAGGAUCACGAAGUACCCGCGCGGCCUCACCAAGGCUUCGGUCGACAGAGAGAUUGCCGCCGCUUUCAAGGUGUGGUCCGACGUGACCGAGCUGUCUUUCACGCCCGUCACGUCAGGCAAGGUGCACAUCGAGAUCCGCUUCGAGAAGGGUGAGCACGGCGACGGCGACCCCUUCGACGGUCCUGGGGGGACCCUCGCUCACGCCUACUUCCCGAUCUAUGGAGGAGACGCCCACUUCGAUGACACGGAGGCCUGGACGAUUGACUCUUAUAGAGGUACAAACAUGUUCCAAGUCGCCGCACACGAAUUCGGACACUCCCUCGGCCUGUCGCACUCCGACGUACGUGCGUCCCUCAUGGCGCCCUUCUACCGCGGCUACGAGCCCACCUUCGAGCUGAACGAGGACGAUCUGAACGGCAUCCAGGCUCUGUAUGGCAAGAAGGCCACGAAGCCAACCCCGGCAACCCUUCGCCCACCCACUAUCGGCGGAGGCAGCACGGGUGACGGCGAAACCGGACAACCCAGCAGCGUGCUAUGCGGAGACCCGUCCAUCGACGCCAUCGUCACCAUGUCCGACCAGAACACAUACGUUUUCAAAGGUUCGCGUUACUGGAGACUCACAGAGAAGGGCGUUGACAGCGGGUACCCGAAAUCUAUCUCUCAAGAUUGGGACGGACUUCCUUCGAAUAUCGACGCUGCAUUUACCUGGACCAACGGCAAGACAUACUUCUUCAGGGGUGGAGAGUACUGGCGGUUCUCAGACCUGAAGAUGGACGCCGACUACCCCAAGCAGAUCAGCAAGGGCUUCUCUGGCAUUCCUGAUGACAUUGACGCCGCUUUCGUCUGGUCUGGAAACGGGAAGAUCUAUUUCUUCAAGGGUUCAAAGUACUGGCGCUUUGACCCCACCCAGCGACCCCCGGUGAAGGAGAGUUACCCCAAGCCCAUCUCCAACUGGGAAGGCCUGCCCAACUCCAUCGAUGACGCCCUUCAGUAUUCCAACGGCUACACGUACUUCUUCAAGAACGGUAACUACUGGCGAUUCAACGACCGGCGAUUCAAAGUUGACUCUGCGGACCCUGCCUUCCCGCGCCCUGCUGGCUACUGGUGGUUUGGCUGCCCUGCUUCCGGCUCUCAGAUGGACGCCACUCAGACCGGGACUACGGACCCCUUGGCCGAUGAAGCCCAUGAUGACACUUUCGACGCUGUUUCAGGCUAAAGAGGCAGCAACACUAACUACCACGAGUGAACAACCCACUUGUGGUACUGAACCGCCGCUGCCUUUAAAAAAAAUAACUGCAGUGGACGUGGCGAUGAGUGAACUUGGCCUCGAACGCCACCAAUACAAGGCUUCGUUCGUCUCGUCUGCCGCUUCUUGCUAACCUGCUCCUUUGCUCCUCCCGCUGCUCCUCGCCUAUUUUGCUUCACCUCAUGUGAUAUUUGUGGCCAUGGAAGUUAGAGAUAAUGGGUUUGGCUUUUUUCAUUCAAAGUACGGAAUGUGAUGAUGGGGGAAGAUAUUGUUUUUUG